UUAUCCUAAUCAUCUGCUUAUGCUGCUUCGAGAGGGAGUGCGGUCGAAACAGUAAUGAGACGGCGAUUCUUCGGGAAUACCUCAUUCUGUGGAACACCGCGGUGGACGACUUGCUUGCUUUUUACGGAUAUACCAGUGGUACAUCGUGUAACUACAGAACGUAACUGCUCAAACUGUAAGUGGAUAGCACGUGGUGAUCUAGUUAUUCACCAUGGCAUGCACUUCUCUGCAAUCACUGAUGAUAGUGCUCAUCACGUUGGCAAGUGGCGUCACCGCAUGUCCGGAGAACUGCAAUUGUUACAGGAAUCGCCUGACAUGGACCAACACAAUGGACUGUUCCGACGGCGGAUUCCACGAUAUCCCCUCUCAGCUGCACCCAAGCAUCGGUGAGGUCAGGAUGAAUAACAAUUUCAUCAGAGAAAUAAAGCCGGGUAGCUUUGCCGGGGCUAGCUAUGUUCAAGUCCUCAGCCUUGCGACUAACCUGAUCGAGCGUGUGGAUCCUCAAGGACUGUCCGGACUGUCAAACCUGAGGGAGCUUACCUUUGCGGCGAACAGAAUCAAAGACAUCAGCUUCUUGUCUGGAACUUUCCUCCCAGCAUUAGACAGUUUGAUCCUGGGUCGAAAUCCAAUUUCCAUCAUCCCUCCGUCAGUUUUCGAAUAUUUACCCAACCUUAGAGACUUUUCCCUUAACAAGGCUAACCUUCAAGAUCUUACCGAUGCCCGUAUUACGGCACAGCGCAUUUCCGUCUCGGAAAAUGAUAUUUGGCGUUUUGGGCGUGACGCCUUCGCCAGGCCUCACGAAGUUCGAGCCAUUGUUUGUAACGAAUGUGCCUUUCGUCAUCUACCCUACAUGGGAAACCUGACAGCUUUACAAGUCAUCACCCUGCAGAACAAUCGCAUCGCUACCAUUGAUAAUGCAGCUUUCGCGUCCUUUCAGAGCAUUGAAACGCUAGAUCUUUCUGGAAACAAAAUCACGCAGGUCUCUGCCUUCAGAAACCUGCCCACAUUGCAUCAUCUGGAUCUUACUGAGAAUGUUAUUUCCCACAUUCCCUCUGACUCCUUCGAGAACAUUCCUAAAUUUGAAAGUCUCAAUCUAAGAUUCAACCAUCUCACCUCGUAUUCUUGUCCUGUUUUUAUCCGCCAAUCCUUGCUACUCAAUAACAAUGAUUUAAAAGAGUUCAGUGGGGAAAACCUUGACCUCACUACACUGAUAAUUAUCAAUCUGAUGAACAAUCAAAAUCUCCGAAAUGUUACGAUAGCAAACGCGACUUCUCUUCAGUACUUGUAUUUUGAUGACUGCGCGAUUCGAAACAUUGAACUCACUGACUGUCCCAUUCUGAACUAUGUGAAUGCCGAAACCAACGAUCUUCGUAGUCUAUCAGCAUUUCAUGAUCUACCCAAAAUGCGCUAUCUUAUGCUUAAAAACAACUUUAUUGAUUCCAUCGGGGAGAAUGGGCUGGAUGGUCUUCCCGAACUACACACACUCGAUCUAUCUGACAACCGAUUCUCCGCCAUUCCCUUGCUUCCAGAACUGCCACUGCUGACAGAUCUCGACCUUUCCUACAACAAAAUUGAAAGCUUGACAUUUGAAUUCGUUGUCAAUCUACCAAACCUAAAAGAGCUGAUCCUGACGGGUAACAGAUUAAAAACCAUUCCGGUGUUCCCAAACAUACCUUUUCUUGAAACACUGAGUCUCAGCGAAAAUAGCAUUACAUACAUUGAAGAAAGUCCAUUUGAUGAUUUGCCAACAUUGACCAGACUCGAAAUGACCGAUUGCAAUCUGACAUCCAUGGCUUCACUGGGACCGAUUCCAUCUUUGCAUCUUUUGAUACUGAAUCGAAAUCAAAUCAGAGAGGUCGACGUUGGCUUUUUGAGCAGUGUACCAAAUAUGAAGCUCUUGAAUCUGGCUAACAACGAGAUCGCAUUUCUUCCAGCGGCUUUACCUACCCCGAGUAUCAAUAACCUCAACUUCACCAAUAAUGCCAUAUCAGUCAUUGAUAAUUUUGCAUUCAUUCAGUGUGCAAAAAUGAGCUCUUUAGACAUAUCGAACAACUUGGUAGAAACUUUAGAUUUCAUGAUUUAUAUCUCGUCCCAGUCACUCUGGAUUAGUGUUAAUUACAAUAAGGUCAGAGGGUUUCCCGUCACAGGUAUUCCUGACAAUGUUGCAUAUCUGUCAUUAGAAGGGAACCAAAUAGAAACUAUAUCGCCCAUAUCAUUUGCCUUCUCAAGUCGAUUGUUUUCGUUGUCAUUGGCCAAAAAUAACAUAAAGCACAUAUCUAGUCACUCCUUCGUUGGUUGUUCCUUACUCAGUAGUAUUAAUUUGGGAGGAAAUCCUCUGGAGUCAAUAGCUGGAGAUGCAUUUAUGGGACUGACAGAACUUAAAUUCCUCGUGAUGGAGAACAUCCCUCUCCCGACAUUUCCAGAAACCCUUUUCGCUACGCUUCCCAACGUCAUAUAUAUUCACUUUAGGAAUACGUCAGCUGUCAGUACAUCCUUACUCCAAUUUCCAAAAAUUCUUUCUUUAACGCUAGGUAAUCAGCAAAUGAAUUCAGUGCCUAACAUCACGGCCCCAAGACUCCAAUCCUUAGACGUCUCGCACAGCACCCUCACUCGCAUCCCAACGAAAGUGUUUACCAACCAUCGUUAUGUCUCUGUCCUCCGACUCUCCUACAACCAUAUCGCAAACAUCAAUGAAGGGGAUUUCGAAAAUGCUUACAAACUCUUUGAGGUCAGUCUCGACAACAAUCGCAUCGUGUCAGUCGCACCAGGAUCUUUCGGACCAUUCAUAGCUAUACAUGCUAUAGAUCUGCAGGGAAACGAACUUACUCAUUUAGACCUUGGGUUGUCCUUCACGAAUACCUUCCAGGAUAUAGAUCUGUCUGGUAAUCCCUGGCACUGUGGCUGUCACAUUGAGGAGCUGAAAGAGGUCUUAAUGAAGCAAAGAGCCCACAUGGAUCCUGUAUAUUGCGCAUCACCUCCGGAACUUGCACAUCAAAAAAUCACAUCCCUUGAUAUCUCCGAUCUAGGUUGCCUGAAUGAUAAUGAAACCGAGACAAGUGGUGAUCUCGAUAAUGAAACGAUUAUCGAUGUCGUUACCGAAACAGUUUACGAUAUCGUGACAGAGAUGGAAUAUGAACUCAUGACAGAAGUCAUUGAUGAGGUGGUAACUGAGGAGGUCGUUGACUUGGUUACAUUCGUCUUCAUUGAGGAUCCAGACAGAGGGAUCGAUCGUUCAGGCGACAGGGAUGAGGUUGGGCCUUCGUACGAAGAGGAUGGUGAUACUGGCGACGAUGGGGAUGAUGACGACGGUAGUAAACUUAGCGAAGUUACGACCAUCCCGCCAGCGGUUAAUGUCACAAUUGGUGCAUCAGAGGACGGUGAAUCAGAGGAAACGGAUGACUGGUACCCACCGUGUCCCAUGGGACUUCCGGUUUGCUCUGGUCAGGUCUACAAACCGAGCAUCUACACCAUCAUAGUAUUGAUAUUUUCAGCACUUGGAGCUUCCUGCGUAAUCAUUUGAGUGCUUCACGUCCAUGUUCACGGGAUUCGUACCGAAAUGGAUUUCCUAAUAAAAUAUAUUGACAGCAGGUGGAGAAAUUGAAAAAAACAAAACAGUUAAUGUGAUUAAGCUAGGACGGAUCCAGGAUCUUCAAGGGCCUUAGCAAAUUUCUCGUAUUAAUUAUGAACUUUAAGCUAUCCAUUAUGCACCUGCAGUACUAAAGCUAGUCACACCAAUGAAAUCGACUCCUACCCGAUCGAUGGUGUGCCAUUGAAUAAAACGAAUUAUAUCCUACAUAAAUUAAAUCCUAGAUAAAUUAAAUCCUGUAUAGUGAUUGGUUCAAAUAGCAUCACGUGACCAAAUAUAUUCUAGCUGUGCUGCUGAAACAAAACGCCCACUAAAGAAAAUUUCGCUUUUUUCUUAAAUUUGAAACCGUCGUCGAUACCUGGCAAUUGGUUAUGGUAUCCUGCGAUCUAAAUACUUGUUGUUUGUAGGCCUAAUUAAAACUUCCGCAUACUAUUUCAUGACUAGAAUUCAAAUUUUGCGACUUGAAAUUAUG